CUCGGCAGAAUGGCCACAGAGGAGCGGCACCUCUCCUCCAGCUGUGGAUCCUUCAUCAAGACCGAGCCCUCCAGCCCAUCUUCUGGCAUCGACGCCAUCAGCCACCACAGCCCAAGCGGCUCCUCAGAUGCUAGUGGUGGCUACGGCAUUGCCAUGGGUGGCCACCCCAAUGGCCUAGACUCACCACCCAUGUUCAAUGGCACGGGGAUUGGUGGUGGGUCCUGCCGUAAGCGCUACGACGACUGCGCCAGCGCCAUCAUGGAGGACUCGCCCACCAAGUGCGAGUACAUGCUCAAUGCAAUCCCCAAGCGGCUGUGCCUGGUGUGUGGGGACAUUGCUUCUGGGUACCACUACGGCGUGGCUUCCUGCGAGGCGUGCAAAGCCUUCUUCAAGAGGACUAUUCAAGGGAAUAUUGAAUACAGCUGCCCGGCCACCAAUGAAUGUGAGAUCACGAAACGGAGGCGCAAGUCCUGUCAGGCCUGUCGCUUCAUGAAAUGCCUCAAAGUGGGGAUGCUAAAAGAAGGGGUUCGUCUGGAUCGAGUCCGCGGAGGCCGUCAGAAAUACAAGAGGAGACUGGAUUCUGAGAGUAGCACUUACCUGAGCCUACAGAUCCCUCCCCCAGCAAAAAAGCCACUGACUAAGAUCGUCUCCCACUUGCUGGUGGCUGAGCCAGAGAAGAUUUAUGCCAUGCCUGAUCCAACCAUGCCAGAGAGUGACAUCAAAGCCCUGACAACCCUCUGUGACCUGGCAGACAGGGAACUGGUGGUGAUCAUUGGCUGGGCAAAGCACAUCCCAGGGUUCUCCAACCUCUCCCUUGGGGACCAGAUGAGCCUCCUGCAGAGCGCCUGGAUGGAAAUCCUCAUCCUGGGCAUUGUGUACCGCUCCCUGCCGUAUGAGGACAAGCUCGUCUACGCUGAGGACUACAUCAUGGAUGAAGAGCACUCUCGUCUGACGGGGCUGCUGGAGCUCUACCUGGCCAUCCUACAGCUGGUGCGCCGCUACAAGAAGCUCAAGGUGGAAAAGGAGGAAUUUGUCACGCUCAAAGCUCUGGCCCUCGCCAACUCAGACUCCAUGCACAUAGAGGACAUGGAUGCAGUGCAGAAACUCCAGGACCUUCUCCACGAAGCCCUGCAGGACUACGAGCUGAGUCAGCGCAACGAGGAGCCCCGGCGAGCAGGCAAGCUGCUCCUGACCUUGCCCCUCCUGCGGCAGACGGCUGCCAAGGCCGUGCAGCACUUCUACAGCAUCAAACUGCAGGGCAAGGUUCCCAUGCAUAAACUCUUCCUAGAAAUGCUAGAGGCAAAGGUCUGA